AUGAGAAUCCGCCUGAGAUGUGCGGUUUUGCUCGCACCGCUACUGCUGCAAGUCGCCCUUGUGAGCAGCAAAGCGGUAGAUCAGAAUAAUCAAUUGGAAUUGCAAUCGCAGUGGCAGGGUCAAGCACAAAGUGAGGGCAUUCAGAAGAGAUACGAUCCCUCAGCGGGCUUUGACGAUCAUCAUGAGAAGGGUUACUGGAAGAAGAAGUUGAUAUGGAAGCCUGGCUGGAAAAAAAUAUGGAACAAAGGGCAAAAGCAAAUAUGGAAAACUGGGUGGAAAAAAAUCUGGAAACCCGUGUGGGAGCCUACGAAGCGUGCGGUAUGGAAGGAAAUACAAGUGCCCGCUUGGAAGAAAAUUUGGAAGCCUGUCUGGAAGGAAAUCCAGGUACCAGUUUGGAAGGAAAUCAAAGUGCCUGCGUGGAAAAAAAUUUACAAGCCCAUUUGGAAGCCGAUAAAGGUCCCAGCCUGGAAGGAGGUUAAGGUGCCUGACUGGAAAAAAAUUUGGAAGCCCGUUUGGCGGGAAAUUCAAGUUCCAGCGUGGAAGGAUAUACAAGUUCCAGCGUGGAAGAAGCUUUGGGUGCCUGAAUGGGUCAAAGUUGGAAUACCCGGUGAGCAGCAUUUAGGCACUGAUCAUCAUGGCUGGGAAUACACGAGCCACGAUUUGUGGAAGAAGAAGUUAAUCUGGAAGCCUAUUUGGAAGAAGUACUGGAAGCCCGCGAAAAAGCAGAUUUGGAUUCCUGAUAAAAAGCUCGAGUGGAAGGAGGCAUGGAAACAAGUCUGGAAAUCGGCGAAACAGCAGAUAUGGGUCGAUGACAAAAAGCUCGUCUGGAAAGAGGAAUGGAAGCAGAUCUGGAAGCCAUCGAAAAAGCUCAUUUGGGUACCAGAUAAAAAGCUCGAGUGGAAGGAGGCGUGGAAGCAGAUUUGGAGGCCUGAUAAAAAGCUCGAGUGGAUACCAGACAAAAAGCUCGCGUGGAAGGAAGCGUGGAAGGAAAUUCAAGUUCCAGCGUGGAAGGAAAUUUGGGUUCCAGGAUGGAAGAAAAUCUGGAAGCCUGUUUGGAUAUCCGAGUGGUUCCCAGCUGAAGAUCAUCAUCAUCCUCACGGCGGAUGGGAAGAUCGUAAGGACGAUGGCGCAACAGACGAUCAGCGACAGAGAUUAGCACGUCAGAGUCAGCCGUUACCAUUAGUUCAGCAACCACAGCAACAACAGAAUCCACAAGGAACGAGCCCAUUGGCCUCAAUAACCGAUGAUCUGGUGCCGCCUGCCUCGGAUCAGCAAGCGACGUGGAAAUUUCCAAGUAGCUGA